GCUCUCCCAGUACUUUUUCCGCUUACAAAUGAUAAACCGUUUUUGCACAAUUCGUGAUCUUUUACACACAAAAUGACGUGGUUUUAACAGUGGAUUGCUAUAUUAUUACUCGUAAGUGCAACUGGAACAUUUAUAUGUCAGUUAGAACAGGAACAGCAGCCCUUUUAGGAAAAAAAGUGACGUCCAAGCAGGCGUUUUGUUGUUCAUCAAAAAUCAAAUAUGGCGGACCAAGAAUAUCAACAAGUGCUCGUGCUUGACAACAUGAGUGGAUUAAUAACAUCAGAAAAUGAAGCAGCUGGGACCAUAGUUGUGACCGAUGCUACUAACACAAUAAAUACGACAAACAUAGAGCAAGUGGAUGUUAAUGCUGAUCUCCUUCAGCAAGCUUUGCAAGAAGCAUCAGGUUUUGAUCAAGAUGAAAUCGAACCUGCUGUCAAUGUUGAGUAUUCGAAAAGUGGAGAACUGGAAGAAAAUAAUACACCACAGGACGCCGACAGCAUACAGGAAGAGAGUGAUAUAGGUAGCAUACAAUAUACCAGCAUUGACCAGGUUACAACAACGAGCACAAUGACAACAGAUGCCAUUACUAGCACGACUCCAGCGGAGCCAGAAACGGAAGUAGAACAGCCAGACACUAGCACGGCUGAAGUCGGAGAUCUCGAAUCGUCAGCCGUCGUUAUUAGCAAUAACUCAACGUGGCAAACAGAAGAGGUUGGCCCUCCAAAGGAGAGUGAUCCCACUGCUAUUGUAGGCUCUGCAAAAAAUCCGAUUCAGAUCAUACAGCAUGGCAACACAUACACAUCCACUCAAGUGUUGUCGGCCGAGCAGCUGCAACAAAUAGCACAGGUUCUGCAACAGCAACACCUUGUGCAAUCUGCAACAAAAGCUGGCAGCAGCAGUAUUCUUUAUAACCCACAGACCAACACCCGCAUUGUCUAUAAGGUCAUCUACCCAUCAGAAAUGCAUACAAACACUAAGGAGAAGAUUGGCGUGAAAACAGGAGAUGAUUCCAGCACACAGAUGCCAGUUCCCGGCAAGCGCAAAAGGGGUCGACCGCCUAAGCAACCAAAGAAGACCGAUGAUGAAGAUGAUGGAGACAAAUCUGAAGGGGUGGAGUUGACUAAAGCAGAGAAAGAUGAGAAAAAGCGCAAGUGCCCGCGGACCCGGUCUGGCCGCAUCAGCCGGCCACCGUUGCACAUGGUAAAGGACUUCAAACGUAUUCACACUGUGGACCUAGAUUCAGAAGUCUAUGACGAUUCGGAUCAAGGAUUCUCUGACUUUGAUUUGAGUGACGAAGAAGUCCAAAAGAGGCGUAAGGAAGGAUCAAAAGAACCAUACUUUCCUUCAGGACUAACUACAAACAAGUCACGAAGACAUCAGUGUCAAACAUGUGAUAAGGCUUAUAUAGGGCGUGGUGGCUUGGGAAGGCACUACAGGCUAAACCCAGAUCAUGGAACUUUGCCUCCAGAAGAAAAUGAAAAUGAAGAGGCCCAGCCGAACAGCAGUGUACUGGAUCAUUCAGAGGCAUCCAACCUGUCCGUAGAUUCAUCCUUCCAGCCUGCCAAACGAGGUCGACCUAGCAAGGACAUUGCCUCCAUUCGCAGGAAGAACCGACUCAAAGAAAUGGUGCAGCCUUGUAGUGAUGAGGAGGUGAUGGAAGUCGUGCUGCCACGGCUGACCAAGGCCGUCACGCUGUACGAGUUCCUCCUCAUGAAGGCAGAGAGCGGAGACGUCGAGCAGCCAUCCGUCGCCGUCAUCUUCAGAGAGUUUGAGACGCUUCAAAAGCAGCUGAAGAAGCUUGCAGAGAAGUCACUCGAAGAGGCGAGCCCCGGCACCGAGGUCGACCUGUCCUCUGUUGUAAAGAUUGAGGACAAGGACUUGGGUAAAUCUCUUUCACUGGAAGGUGAUGCCUAUGUAGUGAAAAAGGAUGCUCCUCUGUUCGAAUACAAGAUGGCGACUGACACAAACGAGGAACCGUGGCAGGCACCUAGCCCGGAAAAACAGCCAGUAGAGGUGCUGCUUCCAGAAAAAGAAAGGACACCUAAGGACAUGCCAUUGCUGACGCUCAACGGAACGGGUGAUGCAACUGAGGUGGCCCUUGUGGAGACCCCCGCUCAGCCGCCAGAGGUGAUCGGGGUGAUAUCAAAUAAACGGCCAAACGUCGUCGUGCAGCGUCCGCAGAUGAGCCUUCUCAAGCCGCAGAUAAGUCUGCUAAAACCGAAUGUGGCACCAGCUGCCAAGUUGGUGACGGCCGCCUCCCCUGCCAUACCCGCUGGCGCCUCUUCCACUACAGCGCUCGCCACAACCACCGUCACGCUGUCGAACAAUUUGAUGAACAUCUCUGAAUUCCCGCAGGCGGACAUGAGCGGCGUUGCAGAUAGUGAAAUGUCAGUGGCGGUGGCGAACGAUGCAGACGUGGCGCCCCCUGCCGUCGCGGACGAGCCAGCGGCGAUUGCCGUGCCGAGUGGUGAGCUUGCAGCGCCGGCGGCACCAACACAGCGUCUCGUCAUGCACAAUGGCCAGCUGUUCCUCAUCGAGUCGUCAGAGGAGGCGGCCGAGACCGAGGACGAAACGGGCCUCAAGCUUGAGCCUCAAGACGCCGUGUACGAGGCUGAGGGCGAGCCAAUGGAUGAAGGUACCGCGAUCGUCGGGGCGGGCGACGACCAACAUACGACAGUUGAUGCGAGCAGCAUCCAGUACCAGACGGAGGAUGGUCAGCUGCUUGACCACAACGGUCAGGUGAUUGGUCACAUCCUGCAGGACGAGAACGGGCAACGGUACGCGCAGACGCCUGACGGACUUGUGCUGCUGCAAGCCGACGACCAGUUCCAGGAGGAAGGGCAGAAUAUCCCACUAGAGACUGUUCAGGCGCUGCUGGCAAUGGACACUGAGAGUGCAAUGCAGGUGAAUAAUCCCAUCUGAAGCGAUAACCUGCUGCUUGCUGCCAGUGACUGCCAGGCUACGUGCGUGGUGUCACAUGUUGGCAGAAAUAAUAAGAAACACGAUCUUGCGACUAGCAAUGCUAAGUCCCUGUAGUGGGCAUAAUGCAGGUGAAGACUUCAAUCCAAAGUGGUCACACUUUGCCAGUGGUGGUAUGAGGCUGCUUAUGUGGUGCCACCUGUUGGCCGAAAUGAUAAGGAACGCAACGUACUGAUUCCAUGAAGGUAUCUCUUUACUGUAAGCGUUGUUAUGCUGGAUGUGCCCUGAUGUUGUAAUGUACCAGUUAGCAACCAGCUUACCAUGUUCUGUCUUGGAAGUAUUAAAUGAGUGUAACUCAGUUGGAUAUGUUAGCAUUGAAGAGAUAAGCUAAAAUCACAUGUAGUUUGGAAAAAGUUGUGUGUUCAGUACUUAUGCACUACGCACAAAUUUAUGGUGUUGAUGUUCUCACUGGUUCUUUGGUAGAUAAAGAAUGUAAGGUUUUAGAUCAGAAUGAUGUACAUCUAGCUACUACAGUGAUCCUAGUUCAGUUAAUUGUAAAUAGAAUUAUAUAGCUUACUCAGGAUUGACUUUUUUCCAUUGUUGAGAUUUCACGUUUCGAUUUUCUAUUGAUAAUUGUCCAAUUGCCAACGUUUGGUAAGUAUGAUCUAUAUAUGUUGUGGCCUCAUACAAGCAUGAAUUUGAAUCUGUAUCUAGGCAUGGUAACAUGGCAGAUUUAGUCUUUAUUUGGAAUGCUUUUCUUCUGCGUAUUUCAAAAUAAUGACUCGUUUGUUGGUUGCUGAUAUUACCAUAACCAGCUGCUAGCUGAAAUCAGUGACGUGAAACUGUUCUUAGUGUAUAAAGCCGUAAGAGUUUCUAAGUGAGUAUGUAGGCUUGUCGUUAUAGUUAUUGCUGUUGUAAACUUUUUACUGUCGAUAAUAGGAUACCUCUGCGUUUUUCAUAUGGUGGGCGUGGUAUUUUGUAUUUGCAACAGAACUUUGGUAGUAGAAAAUAGACAAUAGCAAUAUGUGACUAAAAAAAGAAAGUGUUGGGUUCAUCUUACAUAUUAGAAAAUGUGAUUAUUACAAUAUACUUUGAAUAUAUAAGAAAUGUUAUGUAUUUUCAACUUCAUUGAAACAUUUUCCUUUCAUAAAUAUUCUCGCAUAUUGAAUGCACUAUGUGACAAAAGUAAUCUUAAUUUGUACAAACUUUUCAGUAUGUAGGAUGAAAAUUAUGCAAUUAAUACAUUACGUACUUAAAUUUAUUUACCAGUAACAUGAAAAUAAAUACAAUAAAUACAUUUGAAA